AUGUCUGUUGCUCAAGCUGAUAAGGUUAAGAAAACAAAAUGCGCUGCUUCGUCAAGAUUGCUUAGCUGCAAAACUUCAGUGAGUGUCCUUGCAGAAACUUCAAUACAAACAGCUGUUUGUCUGCAAGCAAUGACACAAAGGUUCAGGCUCGUGCACAGGAUCUGCCUCUUCAUCCUGAACAUGUGGAGGAUCGUUAUCAUCAUCAGGAGUAUCGACGUUCUCUUCUUCUAA